AUGAAGGGGACCAAAGGACGGAAAUUGCUGAUACGGCUAACCACGCCGCAGACAUCCGAAGCGCAGCCUGCUCACGCAGUCGUCCGUCAUGUUCGCUCCCGGGCUCCAGUCUCGGGAAGCUUAUUGCCAGCAUUGAUGCCAGGCGCACGCGCACAUCUCGGAUUGUUGGAGGCGGAUGGUGUAGGCAGAUGGUGGGGCAAUAUACUAGGGAGGGGAGCAUACUGA